UUGAUGACGUCUCCAUGUAAACAAAAAUGACAGAACUGAACCGAGAGUUGAAGGAAUAUCUGUCCAGAAGUGAUGGGAAAUCGGAGUCCAAGGAGCCCCUCCUCCCUACCACCAUCAGGGACAUCAAGAUCCCGCAAAUAGGGUCGUGGUUCACGCGAAAUGGCUCUGCGGGAGGCGAGGAAGAGGACACGGCUUCCACGUCGUCGUCUUCGUCUUGGUUCUCGUCUGCCCAGGCGGACCCCUGCCUGCCCAGUCUCGGUCGCAAGCAGAGGAUUCUAGGCUUCUUGGCAUGUGUGUCAAUGGGCCUCAUCUGCUUUUCACUGGCAGCCAUGUACUUCCCAUUGCUUGUAUUUAAAGCACGUAAAUUUGCCCUUCUUUUCACCCUUGGAAGCCUGUUUUCUGUUCUUAGCUUUUCGUUCUUGUGGGGCCCAGUAAACCACCUGAAGCACCUAUUUUCAUCUGAACGCCUAGUCUUCACAUCAGUGUACUUUUUGUCCCUUUUUGCUACUCUCUAUUUUGCUCUCAGCCUGCAGUCAACCAUUUUCACAUCGAUAGCAGCAAUAGUCCAAGUUGUGGCAUUACUGUGUUUUGUCCUAAGUAAUGUACCUGGAGGACAGACAGGACUCAAAUUCUUUUCUAGCAUAUGCUCAUCCAUGGUCAAAACCACAGUCUCAAAAGCUCUUCCAGUUUAGCUUCAGUCAAAUGUCUUUUUCCAGUUUUCCAAAUGUCAUGGUGUGUGUGUAUCUUUAUCAUUUAGCCCUUUCAUCAUAGCAUCAAAUCAUGUACAUUGAAAGAUUAUACCCUUUUUGUCUCUGUGGUAGUAUCUGUAUAUAUAUUUAUAUAUAUAUUUUUAAAGUCUGGUUGACUUCAAUUAGCUAUUCUUUUGCAAAAGUAAUCUUCGGAGGAUGAUGAUUAUAUGUGGUACAUUGAUGCUGGCCUGUGUGAAGGUGAAAGUAUUAUGGAGAAUGUGCUUUGAAGGCCCAUAGCUUUUCCAUAUUCAGUAUUAGGAAGUGUGUGUUUUUGCAGGUAUGGUUUAAAAAUGUUUCCAUCAUCUGGAGGGUUAUCAUUGUAUAGCACUGUGUGUAUGUGAUAGAUAAUAAGAUUCUUUGUUUCACUCUCGAAUUUGAACUUUUAUUUUAUGAUUUCAAAAGCAUUUUGGAGAACAGUUGUACUAUUAUCUAUAACAUUCGAGGGCUGUGCUGAUGAUUCUAUCUGUGAUAAGUGUUGAUGGUUGCUUCACUGAUUAAAAGAAACUAAUGUGAUAAAUCCAGUGUUAUGCUAUGGAUAUUUUAAGUAAAAUUGGUCUGCACAUUUUUCCUUUUGAGUGUAAACAAAAUUGCAGCUAAUCUGGUAGUCUACUUUAAUUAGUUCUUAUUUACAUCCCAGUUUACAUACAAUGUAAGCAAAGAAAUGUGUGAAGAUGGGUAUUUUUUACUUUUCUUUACAAAAGAUGUUCUCGAGGAUUACAGAACUACUAGCAAUAUUUUCUUUUUUUUUUUACUCUUUAGGAUUCUAUCAGUCCUAAGGAGUGUGCAAAAAUGUUUAGGCAUGAAUGCUGGGCAAAAAAAUUAAAUUCUGAGAACCACAAAGAUAUUACAGUACAUUUUGUGCAAUUCUGAAGUUAAUCAGAUUCAAGUAAAUUUUAUAUUUAUUGAUAUUUGUUUUAAAAGGCAUCAAUUUAUUAUUAGAGAAUGUUUGAGAACAAGGAAAG